AUGAUCGGACAUCAGCCUGCCUAUGCGGCAGGACCCGACGGUACGGCCAACUCUCUGCCCGGUUGCGUCGGCAUCAACAACAGCACGAAACCGGCGAAAGGGACAGACAACUUUCAGUUGGACCGCGACCCAAGAGUAAUUUCCCCGAUUGAUCCCGCCAUCGUAGGGGAGAUGGCAGGACUCCACGACGGCACGCCACUGCCCCAGCAGUUAGAGCCUGCUCCGCAGAGAGAGGUCUAUGUGUGGGCCGCAUGCCUCACCGUGGAGGAACAUUCGGAUUCUUCGGAAACUUACCUUGGCUACAUGCCAGGCCUUUCCCCUUCGAAAGGCGCCCUGUACUCGCCCAGAUUCACCUACCGCGACAUGGAUUAUAGGGUCAGGAAUCUCUACUACCAUGAAGCCGAUACCGGCGACCGGCAGUUAGUCCUGGAAUCCAAUAUUCCGUUGCCCGACAAACUCACUCUGUAUUUGGGCAAAGACGAAUUCCCUCUCUCGACUUCAGAACCCUUUGGCAAGGGGCCGAAUGUCCGAGUCUGGAGGCUCGACGACAGCCUGGACUGGACCCAGGAUCAAGCUGUCCUGGUAUUGCUGAGGGAAUCCUAUGGGUUGCCAAUGAGCAAGGCAGGCUCGGCAGCAGUCGGUUACCCGCAUCUUGAAGCGGUCGCGCUGCCCUCUGGACUGCAAGAAUCGGAGGCCACCGGCACGCACUAG